GGGGGUUACGCCGCUCUCGGCGUUGCGGCUCCGGGGCCGCCCCAAGCCCCGCCCCGGCCGGGCCGGAGGAAGGAGGCGGUGGCUGGGGGCGGGCGCGUCCGACGUGGCUGACGCUGACCCCGAGCCCCCCGCAGCGGGGUGAAAUGCUGGUCAAGAUCUUGGUGUGCAAUAUCUCUCACGAUGAAGAGCCGGAUACCUCUUGUUCUCCUUGCCUGUGGCUCAUUUAACCCCAUCACAAACAUGCACAUGCGUUUAUUUGAGCUGGCUAGAGAUCACCUUCAUCAAACAGGAAGAUACCGGGUGAUUGAAGGUAUCAUUUCUCCGGUCAAUGAUAGCUAUGGAAAGAAAGGCUUGGUUUCAGCAAGGCACCGGAUAGCUAUGGCUCAGCUUGCGCUGGAGACAUCAGACUGGAUUAGAGUGGAUCCAUGGGAGAGUGAACAGGAGAAGUGGACGGAAACUGUAAAGGUGCUAAGGCACCAUUAUAAUGAGUCGCUCAGAUCGCUCCAGUUCAGGAAAGAACUCGUGAGAAACAAUUGGCACAUAGAAAGAGCUACUGAAGAUUUCCUUUCUUCAUUGGACCCAGGUAGCUCAAGUGGCAGAGGUCUGUGUGGUGGAUCUGAAGGUUCCAACGUUGUUGAUGUCCCAGUUUCCCCGGAGUUAAAGCUGCUUUGCGGAGCUGACAUUCUGAAGACAUUUAGUACACCUAAUCUCUGGAAGGAGGAACAUAUUAAAGAAAUAGUAGAAAAGUUUGGUUUGGUGUGUAUUAGCCGUGCUGGCUCUGACCCUGUUCAGUACAUCAGUGAAUCAGAACUUCUGACUCAAUUCCAGCACAAUAUCCACCUGGUCACAGAACAGAUUCAGAAUGAAAUCAGUGCCACGCAUAUACGACAUGCUUUAUGCAAAGGACUAAGUGUGAAGUAUCUCAUUCCAGAUUCUGUCAUUUCCUAUAUUAAGCACUAUAAUAUCUACACAGAAGAGAGUGAGGGAAAAAUAAAGGGGAUUUAACUUCAGCCUAUGAAAGUACGCAACACAACGACAAACACACUAAAUGAUUGAUGUCGGUAUUCCAUCAAAUGGGGAGAACACAAUGGCAUUUAUUUUUGGAAAAUCCCUGCAAAAAGCACAAUAUUUGUGUAUGGAGGAAAGUGAAAUAGGUUGUAGGGAGCUGCAACUAGCUAUAUUUCUGAAAGUUUGUAGAAUAAUUCAGAAAAGUUUUUAUAUUACUACUGAAUUCAUGCUUUCCUAAGAUGUUAUGUGCAAAGGGCUAUCGGUUUUAAGAUCUCCACUAAGAGUUAAUUUACAUUACAUUUCUUCUGUUUUUAAUACAAAUAUUAAAAUCUUUAGUUAUUGUUGAGGGAUUCUUGUCGUGACUUAAAUGAUCUCAAUGGCUGUAGUUAGUGCUUUCCUAUAUUAUAGUCCUCUAAUACCAGGAACUGUUUCAGUUUGAAUGUGUCUUGGCCAUUUGCAGGCAGUGAGAAUAAAAUUGUCAUAUUUCUUUCUCAGGAAUAUUUUCAAUAAACUGGUAAAAUGUA